AACCUAAUUCUUUCUUCCUUAAUUUCUCUUUCAACCUUUUUCUUUGUUUUUAUUUAAUCUUUUUGUCUCUUCUUUGAGCUGUUCUUUUGUUCUUCUUCUUCCUCUGCUAAUUCUCAUCCAACCACUAUUAGAAAAGUAGCUGUAGCAUAAAACAACCCCACCACUAAACUUCUCCAAUCUUCAGAUACACCCAUUAAAUACUAUCGUCUUUGCUUCUUGAAUUCCCACUUUGUAAUUCAAAGUUUUCUCUUUUUUUCUCAAAUUUUGCAACUUUUUUUUUGGCAGAGAAACCUUUUUUUUAUAUAUAUAGAUAUGAUUAUCUGCACUUUUGAGCGCCCUUUUCCUGCACACCCUCAAGUGAAAAUAUGAAACUUUUCUGGCUUUUUUGUUCUUCUUUAUCAGGAAUUUCGUUUUCGACUUCUCUUUAGGAAAGCAUAUCAAUUUGAGCUACGGCAGUGUAUAUACUCUUUUUGCUAACACUUGGGCCCCUUUGAGAUUCCAGAGACCAUUAAUUACCUUCAAUUUAGUUGGCUUAUGCCUUCAUCAGUGGAUGUUUCCUUUUGGAAACUUAAUCAACUUUCUAAACCCAGAUUUUCCCAACCUGAAGUUUUCAUUUCCACCUUUGAUCAAAACAAAAAGUACCCGCUUUAUAUUUAUUACAUAUUAUCAAAUCUUUACAUUGAUAUGGAGUCCGUGGCAUGUUAUUAACAUGUUUGAUUCAUAGGUGCGUCUAUGUCAAUCGCCUGUUGCUGUCCCAUCCUUGAAUGUGUCUACUGUUUGGCCUGUGCCCGUUGGGUAUGGCAGAAAUGUCUAUACACUGCAGGCCAUGAAAGUGAGCACUGGGGUUUAGCCACAGCUGAGGAAUUUGAGGCAGUGCCACGCCUUUGUCGUCUAAUUUUAUCAGUUUAUGAAGAUGAUCUUCAUAAUCCUCUAUGGGCUCCCCCUGGAGGCUAUGGCAUUGACCCCGAUUGGGUUAUCUUAAGAAAAAAUGACCCAGAAACUCAAGGCCGAGCUCCUCCUUACAUGAUUUACUUGGAUCACGAUCAUGCUGAUAUUGUCUUGGCUGUCAGGGGACUUAAUUUAGCAAAGGAAAGUGAUUAUGCUGUUUUGCUUGAUAACAAACUUGGGCAGGCAAAAUUUGAUGGUGGCUAUGUGCACAAUGGGUUAUUGAAGGCCGCAGGAUCGGUUUUUGAUGCCGAGUGUGAGGUUUUAAGGGAAUUACUUGAGAAGAAUCCAAGUUACACUUUGACAUUUGCUGGGCAUUCCCUUGGGGCAGGGGUGGUGGCAUUGUUGGUGAUGGUUGCAGUUAAAAAUCGCGGCAAAUUGGGAUUCAUGGAGAGGAAACGGAUUAGAUGCUAUGCCAUUGCUCCUGCUAGGUGUAUGUCUCUCAAUUUGGCCGUUAGAUAUGCGGAUGUCAUCAAUUCUGUUGUGCUUCAGGACACUUGCACCAUGGAGGAGAAGAUGCUUAAAGAUCCAAGGCGGCUGUAUGCACCUGGUCGCCUGUACCACAUUGUAGAAAGAAAGCCCUGCAGGAUAGGAAGAUAUCCCCCAGUGGUGAGGACAGCGGUACCUGUUGAUGGGAGGUUUGAGCAUAUAGUUCUAUCCUGCAAUGCAACCUCUGACCAUGCCAUUAUUUGGAUAGAGAGAGAGUCCCAAAGAGCCCUUGAUUUGAUGGUGGAGAAAGAUGAGAUAAUGCAGAUUCCUGCAAAGCAGAAAAUGGAGCGACAGGAGUCUCUUGCUCGAGAACACAGUGAAGAGCACAAGGCAGCUAUGCAGAGGGCAGUUGCUUUGGAUAUCCCUCAAGCUUACUCGCCUUUGUCAUAUGGAACAUUCCAUGAAAUGGAAGAAGCUGAAUUUUCUGGCAGAUCAAGUGAGGUAUCUGAGUUACCAUCUAGGAAAAGAAGGGAGAGUUGGGAUGAAUUUGUAGAGCGCCUUUUUGAGGUAGAUGAGUCCGGCCACAUGGUGUUCAAGAAGUCUGUUUCAUAGAACAAUGCUCAACCUCUCUCCAUCCCUAUUCCCCACCCCACCUCGCUUCCCAAACAAAACAAAAAAACCCUGCAAGAUGCAUUCUUUCAUGCACCCUGCAAUUCAUUGCUUGAUUACCAAAUAUGGAAUUAUUAUAAGAAUGAUAGUUUGUACAUAAAAGUAAAUCAAUUUUAUCAAAGUAGAGCAUCCCUUUUUCUUGAUGUUCA